UAUCACUAGAGUAAAUAAGUGCUUGUGGUUGUUACUUUGUUAUUGUUUUAAUUUAAAAUAUUGGAAAUCUGAGGGCAAUCUUAAAAGGAUUCCACUUUUAGGUCUGCUUACAAUUGUAUAAUAAUGACUGUUAACAACACCAUAGCACAUCAACGGCUCAUACUCAGUGGAGAUCGGGAAAGAUUCAAGGAGCUAUUAAGACGAAGAUUAAUUGAAUGUGGAUGGCGUGAUCAAGUGAGGAUGCUGUGUCGUGAUAUGGUUAAGGAGAAUGAGGGUAGUAAUGUAACAUUUGACAUGUUGGUCAACAGAGUGACACCACGAGCUAGAGCGCUAGUGCCAGACACAGUUAAGAAGGAACUACUUCAGAAAAUUAAGACACACCUACUCACACAAAAGGACCAAUAAAUGAUUAAUAAGUAGAACCUUGAUUAUCCAAACUAAUUGGGACCGAAACUAGUUCGGAUAAUUAAAAUGUGGAAUUUUUGGGACAGAAUCAAACAAAAAGAACACUGUUUUACUUUAACAGGAGGCAAGGUGAAAAUCAUUAAUAGAAAAUGCCCAUAAUAAAUUAAUUAAAAAAUAUAUGGAAAUAGUCAUGAGACUUUUUAUAGCAUCCUGAUACAUUGUUAUUUUUUUACAUUGUUAUCUUGGCUUCCUAGCCAAUACUUAUUACAACCAGUACAGUAUAUUAAAAUUUGUCACACAAAUUAACAUUAAAAUAUAAACCCCUGAAAAAUGUUUGGAGGGAGAAAAACCCUAAUAUACUUACUAUGGGGGGCAUGCAUGAACAAUAGGGGACAGCAUAGGAGCCAUCAGAUUUUUGGCAUGAGGUGUAAAUGUGACAUUUAUCCUUCCGAUGUAGCCCACAAGAUGGCAGAACCUACUAUGCACAACAAAACGUACCUAUGAGAAUGGAGGCCACAAGAUAGCAGUCCAGACCCUCCAACGCGCACGGUCCGUAUACUCUUUGAGAUAAACUAAGUCAGAGUUUAAGUAAUUGAGGUUCUACCAUAGAUCAAAUUGUAUUGUCACAUUGAAGUAUAGCAGUGCACCAUCCGUAUUUAAGGAAAAACUGAAUAAAAUUCUUUCUACAACCAA